CAUUAUGUUAUUUGGGAAAUUGCAUGACAAUAAACAGCUUUCUUUAUUACAAAUGUUGUAUAAUCUGUAUAGCUGUCAAUGUCAAAGAAAAAGUAAGCAGAGGUGGGUAUUUUAAAAAUGUUCUGAAUUGUUUUCCGAAAGCAAGUAUACGUAUUUAUUUAUUUAAUAUCCCAACAUAUAAUACAACAACAGUGUUCAUAAUAUAUGCGGAAAUUACGUUAUUCGGUGUUUAGUUACUACCAAUGUCGCUGGAAGGCAAUGAUUUUGUGCGAAUUAAGGUGGAACCCGGUAAAGGAGAGCUCGAGGGUGCCCAGGCCAUGUACAAGGACCAUGAAACAGAGAAACCGGACCCACAGACCAGCCAUUUAGAUGAGAUAAAGCUUGAGCCUAAUUGGACGACAGAGGAGAGCAAGUUUGAAGAGAGUGUUGCGCAGGCCGGCCUGUACGUAGACCACAUUGUUAAGGAGGAGAUUGUGCUGGGCCCUGAGGUGAUAGGGCAGCCUAAAGUAGCCUUACCUUAUCCAGAGCACACAUACGUUGCAACAGGAAGCUCCACAGUGCCUGAAUACAAUUGUGGCGAGGCAUUUUACAAGUGUCAUGCAUGUCGGAAAACAUUUAACCUCGAAGAUAGCUUAAGAAGGCAUAUGUUUGCAAUUCAUGCUAAAUAUGAAGUUCCCAGCAGGAAUAUAAUGUAUAUUUGCAAGUUUUGUUGCCAAAUUUGUCCAUCUGUAAAUGGGUUAACUGAACAUCUAAUUAUUCACUUUAAAACUUCCAAAAGGGUAAGGGAAAUUGUCGACAAGAAACCAGGUAUAUUGAAGCCUGACAAUUUUUUUUUAGGAAAGCUUGAUUUUGAACGCAAUAAAGCACUAUCCACAGAAGGCAACGAUUGCCAACCUAAUAAGCCAUAUACAUGUCACGAAUGUCAUGAAAUUUUUGUCCUAGAAAUAUGUCUUGUUAAGCAUAUGUUAGAUAAUCAUGCGGAACCUAAAUUUCAAGAAGAACUUGCUAUUGUACAAGCUCUACCUGAAUCACAUGGCAAGCCACCAUACAAAUGUCAAUACUUAUGUCAUAAUGAAUUUGUUUGUGAGAUAAACUAUUGAUUUACAAAAGAUAUUUACAGAGAAAUGAGACCUGAAUAAACAUAAGUUGGUACACACAAUGUACUGAGAACAGUGCACUCGAUAGUCGAAGUAACUAGAGCGUAGUAACUAGAGAUGCCACGAAUGUUCGGCAGCUAGGUAUUCGGUCUAUUCGGUCACUUUGUCGAAUAUUCGGUAUUUGGCCGAAUGUUGACUACUAUUCGGCCGAAUACCGAAUAUCUCUUAAACCUACUUAACUAAAAGGAUAAGUUACACAAUAAAAAUAACCGCAACACAAUAAAUAUGUUGAAAAUGUUUCUUUGAAAGUUGUUAAAUACGAAGACUGUAUUAUGAACAUUUUUUGGUUA